AUGGCCAAAUUCCGGUUAAAAAUGCUCCCCCUCAACCUCCUAGCCCUCGUCAGCCUCAUGGCAUGGGGCACAUCAGCAUCCGCCGCAGAAUCAGCGCCAUCACCUUCACUAUCAGCCGAGGUCGAGCUCAUCUGCCACACCGACAACCCAGCCGAGUGCUACCCCAAACUCUUCCAAGCCACCGACGAGUUCCAAAUCGUCCACCCAGAUCAAGACUUACCACAAGGCCUCCACGUCCGACUUAACGUCAACACCGGCCUAAAAGAAGCCAAGAUCAACGUCCCUGACGAACUCGACCCAGCGCUCGAAGGACUCCCCGUGGACUCCUCCAUUGUCAUUGUCGAGCGGGACCAACCCGACGAAGAUCAAGACCAGGACCCCAUCCCACCACCAAACGCCCCAGCCUUCGAUUCCGCAGGCGCCAUCAAAAAGCCCAAAUCCGCCGACCAAGCAGAGGGCAGCGCCUUCUACAAGUCUCUGACCAUCCUCAAAAAGGGCCUAGACAUCGACGACGCCCUGGAAAUGCUAGAAGACAUCUCCCACGACAUCUACUACGGCCUCAAGAUCGCCGAGGACUACGACACAGUGCACGAGCUCUUCUGCCUAUCCACCACCCCCCCCGACCCGGCCAACGCAGCCGCCCUCUCCCGCGCCCGCCUCGCCUCCCUAACACUGGCAUCCACCCUCCAAAACAACGCCAAAGCCCUCGCCGAGAUCGAGGCCCACUGGCCUAAACUCUCCGCCUCCGUUUGCUCUUCCCCUUCAGGAACCCCGGGCAGCACCCCCCUAGGCACCAGCAUUUUCUCCCUCCUCCCCUCAGAGACCACCACCACAACAACCCUCCCCAAUCCAUCCCUAACAAAAACCCGCAUCUCCCUCCUCACAUCCCUCCUCAAAUCCCCUCUCAUCCGCACCGCCUUCCUCUCCCUCACCAACACCAACAACGCCGCCACCGCCACCGGCCCCUCCCACAUCCUCCGCAUCCUCACCACCACCCCGCCUCAACAAUCCAGCCAAAACGAAGAACAAGAAGCAAGGGAAUGGACCCAAACCCAACGCCGCGCCGCCCUCCUCCUCCUCGACACCUUCCUCGACACCGACAUGGGCGCUGUCCCAGGCCAGUGGCCGACGCGGGGCCAGUUGUCUGAUUCGCAGUGCGCUGAUCUUUUCCCUCUCUCCACCUCCUCCACCCCCCAACAACAAACUGAAGAUGGGGAAGGGGAAAAGGGGCUAGGAUGGGAAGAGGAAUGCGUGCAUUGGUUGAUUAAGGGGUUGAGUGAGAAGCGGUAUAGGAAGGAGAAGGAGCAUUGGAGUCAUGAGUUGUGGAGGGGGUUGAAGGUGCCGAGGAAGGAGAAGGGUAGAGAUGGUGAGAAAGUGGAGUUGUGA